AUGGGGAACAGCAUUGGGGCGAAGCGGAAGGGGGCCAAGGUGAUGCAGCUGGACGGGACGUCCUUCCGGGUGAAGCCGCCGGCGGCGGCGGCCGACGUGCUGCGCGACCACCCGGGCUUCCAGCUGCUGGAGGCGGAGGAGGUCAAGCUGCUGGGCGCGCGGGCGCGGCCCCUGGCGCCCGACGCGCCGCUGCGCCGGGGCCGGCUCUACUUCCUCGUCGCGCUCCCGCGCCGCCCCGCCGCGGGGCCGCCGCGCAGGGCAUGGUCGGGCAACCUCCGCGUCGGCGCGCGCGAGCGGCUCGAGUCGCUCAUGCUCGCCCGCCGCUCCACCUCCGACCUCUCCUCCUUCCAGGGCGUCGCCUCCGCCUCCGCCCCCGCCUCCCCGCUCUUCGCGGGAGCGGGAGGCGGCGCAGGCACCCCCGUGCGGCUCAGGAUGCGGCUCCCCAAGGCGCAGGUGGAGAAGCUGAUGGGGGAGAGCCGGGACGCGGCGGAGGCGGCGGCCAAGAUCAUGGAGCUGUGCGCCGCGGUGGGCGACGGCGGCGGCUGCGGCGCCAAGGUGACGCCCGAGCGGCCGCCCGGGAUCCUGCGCAGCCCGCGGUUCGCGGCCACGCCCGAGUGGGGCUCCGGCUUCAUGCUCCCCAAGCCGGCGCCCGGCGCGCCGCCCAAGACGCCGCAGCGGUGGGCCUCGCUGCCCCGCGCCAAGGAGGAGAAGCGUGCGAGGUUCGUGGCGUUGCCGGACGAGCUGAUCGCAUGA